AUGAUUGAGUUAGGGAGUUCAAGUGGUGCUGCUAAUGGGGAAAGGAGGCUAUGGAAUAUUAUUUGGAAGGCUCGGGUCCCUCAGAAAAUCAGAAUUUUUGCAUGGCGUGCUGCGACACAAAGUUUGGCGGUUCAAGUUAACAGAGUUAAACACCACCAAACUACCAUUGGUCUGUGCUCGAUUUGUGGCGUAGAAGAUGAAUCUGUAUUUCAUGCACUGGUAAGCUGUCCUAAGGCUCGUGCGUUACGUCUGGCGGUAAGGGAGGUAUGGAAUUUACUAGAUGAAGUGGUUUUCAAUUUUACGGGGCCGAAUUGGUUACUUGUCUUAUUGGAUCAAGUAAGGCCGCCGGUGCAUGAGCAAAUUAUAUUCAUGUUUUGGAGGGCUUGGCAUCUGAGGAAUGAUUUGAUUUUUGGUAAGGGAAAGGAAAAAAUGUCCGACUCGGUGAGGUUCAUUCAGAAUUAUUGGACGUCCUUCUCGUCCUGUCAUCCCAAUGUCAAGAUGGAGAUUAGCAUCAAAGGUAAAGAGAGGGUGGAUGGCUUAAAUUUUACUAAUGAUAUGCGAAAGAAUCUUGUGACUUGGCAGGCUCCCGCUACGGAGAUCAUUAAGACUAAUGUUGAUGCAAGUUAUGUGGAGGCUUUAAGGGCUGCAAGUGUGGGCGUCGUGGCCAGGAACCAUACUGGAGAAGUUAUCAUAUCGUCCUGGGAUUAUAUUGGGGUGUGCAAUAGCGCGGAAGAAGCUGAACUGAGAGCGACCCUUGCGGGGCUAUACAUUGGUAUUACUCUCCACAAGGCCAUCAUUUUAGAAACGGAUUGUUCUUUUGUGGCUUCUUUCCUUCGAAAUGAUCUUCUAGACAGGUCUCCUCUGGUGGAUCUAAAGAUAGAAGCUUUGAAUUUAGCCAAAAUGAUGAUAAAUUGCAAGAUAUCCAAGAUUAACAGAACGGCUAAUAGGGUGGCGCACGAGAUUGCGAAGUUCAGCUUUGAUAAUAGGUCCGAUGGUGUGCUCCUUAAUAGUGUUCCGCCCUGCGUGGCUGAUUUUGUAACGGAUGAUUGUAUGAAUAUUUUAAGUUAA